AUGAGCGGACAAAAGACUUUAGGUGUUACGGGACCGAUCUCUGCAGCGGGUCCUACUGCCGCGGAAAACAAGCUAAACGAUGCGCUUGUUCAGGAGUUAAAGCGCGAGGGAUCGUUCGAAACCGAAGCGGAAACGCAGAAAAGGAUUCAAGUUUUGGCAGUCAUGCAAGAAUUGGCACAGAAGUUUGUGUUUGAAGUUUCCAAGAGCAAAAACAUGUCAGACGGGAUGGCGAAAGAUGCCGGAGGUAAAAUUUUCACUUUUGGGUCAUACCGGUUGGGCGUACACGGCCCCGGAAGCGAUCUGGACACUUUGAUCGUAGUGCCUAAACAUGUAACAAGAGAGGAUUUUUUCACAGUCAUGGACCGGCUACUGCGAGAAAGGCCAGAAUUGGAAGAGAUUGCACCUGUACCGGACGCAUUUGUACCGAUUUUCAAAAUCAAGUUCAGUGGGAUCUCGAUCGAUAUGCUUUGUGCCCGACUAGAUGUGCCACAGGUGCCCUUGACGCUGACCCUAGCAGACAAAAACCUGCUUAGAAAUUUGGACGAGAAGGAUCUCAGAGCUUUGAACGGAACACGAGUCACUGACGAGAUUUUGCAAUUGGUGCCUAAACCCACUGCGUUUAAAACCGCUUUAAGAGCUAUCAAACUAUGGGCCAGUAGACGCGCCGUAUACGGUAACGUGUUUGGUUUCCCAGGUGGUGUUGCGUGGGCAAUGCUCGUGGCUCGAAUUUGUCAGCUGUACCCCAAUGCUUGUGGUGGUGUCAUUGUUGCUCGGUUUUUUCACAUUUUGACGAAAUGGAAUUGGCCUCAACCAGUUUUGCUCAAACCCAUUGAGGAUGGUCCUUUGCAAGUACGAGUAUGGAAUCCUCGUAUAUACGCGCAGGACAGAUCUCAUAAGAUGCCUGUCAUCACACCGGCGUACCCGUCGAUGUGCGCUACUCACAACAUCAACGAGUCGACCAAAACCGUAAUUUUGAGGGAACUUGAAAGAGGUGCCCAGAUUACCAACGACAUAUUUACAAACAAAAAAUCCUGGAGUGAACUUUUUCAAAAGCACGAUUUUUUUUACAGAUACAAAUUCUACUUGACCGUAAUGGCGUCUACGAAAGGAUCCGACGAGCAGCAUUUGAAAUGGAGUGGUUUGGUCGAAAGUAAGCUUCGGUUACUAGUUCAAAAACUGGAAGUUCUAAACGGAAUCAAACUCGUGCAUCCUUUCGUGAAGCCGUUCGAGUGCACAUACUUGUACAAAACUGACGAAGAAUGCAGCAAAAUUGUCGACAAUUAUGGUACGUCCAAGACAGAGGGCGUGUUAAAACAGUUUAUCGAGAAAACGGAUGCAAAUGCACAGGAAGAAACUGUCAAAGCCAGUAAACAAGUCCACAUCACCACAUUGUACAUCGGACUCGACGUGGUUGCCGAGGGCAAAAAACAGAUUGACAUACAUGUGCCUUGUUCCGAUUUUUUCAAUCUUUGCCGUUCGUUCAGCGAAUACGACGAUCCUGAUACUUAUUCUUUGAUGAUCAAAUACGUCAAGCUUCACGAUUUACCUGAUACUGUUUACGCAGAGGGUGAAGAACGUCCCGUCAAGCAUUCCAAACGCAAGAAACAAGAUAAACCUCACAAGAAGGCAAAAAAACCCAAGUCAACUGUCGCUGAGCUAGAAGAACCCGAAAACGACGAUAAAAGACCGACUAAAGCAAGCGACAAUAUCAACGUCGCGACAGCUGUUACGCCAUUGGCUGACAGAGCAUCUUGA